AUGCGCGAUGCGAUCCUCCUUUGGCUCGUCGGGUCGGGGGUUCAGACAAUUCCUUUGCUCACGACCCCUGUACCUCCAAAUGCAUGCAUGCAAGAGAGUAAAAAAAAGCAUGUACAAGUAUUUUACUUUCUGCUAUUUUUGGCAUAUGGAAGGGCCUCACAAACGCCGGCUGACUUUCGGAGGUGGCGGCAAAAGCCGCACCUCAUACAGGUUUUGGGCAAGGGCGAGGCUGUGAGGCAGUCGGGCUUGGCGUGCCUGCUAGGUCAAUUUCGCUCGCACAUUUCAAAUGUGUGUGUGUGUGUGUGUGUGUGUGUGUGUGUGUGUGUGUGUGUGUGUGUGUGUGUGUGUGUGUGUUUUGCGCGUACCUAUCAGCGGUGUCCUGUCCACGCCCACAAGCUACAGGGUACCUCGCAGGUGCCUCAGUCGAUUGCAAACGCCAGGGGAGGGAAGCUUGGACAAGGAGGUUGGUACUACAUUAUUUCAAUUCCAGCGUUCCACACACUCUCUCUAUUUUUGAAUCGAAUCGAUGUCUCUUGCUCCAUCUCCGUCUUUCUAUAUCACCAUCACUAUCUCUGUCUCUGUCUCUGUCCCUGUCCCUGCCUCUACCUCUUUCUCUUUCUCUACCUCUUUCUCUACCUCUUUCUCUCUCUAUAUCUCUAUCUUGUCCUCUAUCCCUGUCUCUAUCCCUGUCUCUAUCCCUGUCUCUGUCUCUGUCUCUGUCUCUGUCUCUGUCUCUGUCUCUGUCUCUGUCUCUGUCAUUUAGCAACAAACUCUCCGGAUUUCCUGGCCGAUCCUUGCUCUACCAACAGCGGCAUCGCCUUCAUUAUGGCGAGCUUCAAUCCCUUUGCCGAGCAUGUGCCAACGUUUUCUCAGGCCUUGGACGGUGAAGCUGGACGAGAGAGCCCCGACCUGACCACAGACGCGGAUGACUUGGAUCCCUUUGCCGCCUAUGCCCUGGAUGCCUCCGACGAUGAAUCCGACUCGGAAGCAUGGGGCUUGCGCACCUCCACCGACGCCAACGAUGACUUUGCUGCUCUUGCCCACCGCCAGCCCUCUCGCUCUGCGGUGCCCUCUGGUCGCAGCGAUCCCCCACUCCUCGCCUCUACGCGUGCCAACCCCUUUGCCAUUCCCGACCAAUCACAACCACGCCCACUCUCACGCGCCAACACCACGGGAUCAGCUGCUCGCCGAGUCGGCUCUGGUCGCAACAAGGCCGCCUCAACGCCCAUUGCCCGCUCCGGUACCAUGACUGGACUGCUUCGACGUGGUGAUCGUCUUGUUCCUGCCCGCGUGUACAAUCCACACCAACACGAAGUUUUGCUUUGCGAAGGCUAUCUGCUCAAGAUCCGAGGCAUGAGUCGCAAGAAGCGCUGGUUUACGCUCACCUCCACGCGCAUCGCCUACUACUCUUGCAACGCCGGCAAGCCGCUGGCCCAGUGCCGGAUGGACAACAUUGAAGCCAUUGAGGACAUUCCCGACUCGAAGCGUUUCCGCAUUCUCACCAAGAGUCCUUUUGGCACAACCGUUGCUUUUGACAUGCUAAUCGAAGCCGUAUCAGAACAGGCCAAAGCCAAGUGGUUGCGAGCGUUUACACUAAAGGUAGAUGACAUGUCGGGCUUCAACACCGAGUUUGCCGAGCUCGUGGUCGAGGGCCCGUUGCAAAAGCUCAAGCCUUUGGGACAAAGCAGCAAAACUCGCUGGUUUCGUUUGACCAAGAAAAAGUUUGGAUACUACUCACGUGAGGGUGGCCACCACAUGGGGUCAGUGCCCCUCGAGCUGAUUGAACAGGUUGUGGUGGCCAGCAACUACAAAAAAGACUUUGUGGUUCGCACACCCCAACAGUUUACCAAAACCGGCGCCGCAGAGGUUCGAUGCCGCUGCUCAUCCGAAGAUGUGCGGCGCAAAUGGAUCACUGCAUUGCGUCGUUUAGUCCCGACCGCGCGCUUUCUUGAAUUUCCGCUCUAA